AUGGACUGUGCCCACUGCAAGAGGACGAUGGAAGGAUGCGCCUCGAUAAAAUGCAGCCGCUGUAACUCUCAAUUCCACCUGGAGUGCGUGAGCAGUGAGCAUCUGGUGCCGAGUUCGAACAAUUGGAGGUGCUGUAAGUGUGAAAUGUGCUACCCCGCAGCAUUAGCGACCCAGGUGUUAGAUUCGGCGGUCCGAGCAUAA